GAACUUCCACGAAGCUCUCCGAAAUACGCUUGCGGAUGUAUAAGUUGCGCACAAGGGGUUGCGGUACGAGUAAAACUUCAGAAUUGCUAUUGCAAGUGAUAGUUUUUUAGAAACAGAAAAAAGUACAACUAAUCGGUCAUUUUAAAGAUCAGAAAAUGAACGUCUUUCACCUGUUCGCGUUUUUAAUAGGGCUGUUAAUUGCGGACAGUCAAGAAAUAAUCAGAAUUCCUCUGCACAAGAUGCGUACUGUGCGCCGCAUGUUGGCAGACAAUGGCAAGACUAUCGAUGAGAUCAAAUCUAUGGCUAAAUUUAAGGCGAAACAUUCUGGUGGCACAUUUACCAAUCAAGGCACCGUCGCACCACCAUCACCAACAACAACACAACUCCCACCACCUGUGGAGAAACUCACCAACUUCAUGGAUGCCCAGUAUUAUGGCAUGAUCAGUAUCGGUACGCCUCCUCAGGACUUCAGUGUGCUUUUUGACACCGGAUCAUCAAACCUCUGGGUUCCGUCUAUCCAUUGCUCCUUCCUGGACAUAGCAUGCUGGUUGCACCGUCGCUAUAACUCUAAGAAGUCAAGCACGUACGUUCAGAACGGCACUGAAUUCUCCAUCCGGUAUGGCAGAGGGAGUCUCUCUGGUUUCAUUAGUCAGGAUACAGUCAACUUGGCAGGCCUGAAUGUGACAGGCCAGCAGUUUGCAGAGGCGGUGAAACAGCCUGGGAUUGUGUUCGCGGUAGCACGUUUUGAUGGUGUCCUGGGCAUGGCGUACCACGCCAUUUCUGUAGAUGGGGUCACGCCUGUGUUUGACACGGCCAUGGCUGCCAAAAUCCUGCCCCAGAAUAUCUUCUCUUUCUAUAUCAACCGGGACCCGGCCGGUGAUGUUGGAGGUGAGCUGAUGCUGGGAGGUUUUGACCAGCAGUAUUUCAACGGCGAACUGCAUUACGUCAAUGUCACACGAAAAGCCUACUGGCAGAUAAAAAUGGAUGAAGUUCAGGUUGGUUCCACUCUUACCCUUUGCAAAAGUGGAUGCCAGGCUAUUGUUGAUACUGGAACAUCAAUGAUCACGGGGCCCGUUCAGGAGGUGCGGGCACUGCAGAAAGCCAUCGGAGCCAUUCCACUGCUCAUGGGGGAGUACUGGAUCGACUGUAAGAAGAUUCCUUCACUUCCUGUUGUUUCCUUCAGCCUCGGAGGAAAGAUGUUCAACUUAACUGGACAGGAGUAUGUCAUGAAGGUGAGUCACAUGGGUAUGAGCGUUUGUCUGUCGGGCUUCAUGGCGAUGGAUAUCCCUCCUCCUGCCGGGCCGCUGUGGAUUCUGGGAGACGUGUUCAUUGGCCGCUACUACACUGUGUUCGACAGGGAUCAGGACCGCGUGGGCUUCGCUCCAGCUAAAUGAACAGAGUCACUCACAUUAUGAUAUCUAAUUAACCAUCCCCAAUAAAAAAAAGAGAAUUGUCAUCAUUUAUUGUUUUGAUUCCCUAAGACUUACAGUUUCCUUCAGAACACAAAUGAAAAAUGUUUUACUAAAACUCUGGAGCUUCAGAAUAUUUUUAAAGACAUUAAUAAAUAAAUUCAAAUGAAUUAAGUGAUUUAAUUUAAGUAUUCUGAAGAGGCAUACAAAUUGGAAACCUGGUUAAAGGGAUAAAAUCAAUAAAAAAUCUGUUCAUGAUCCAAGUGUUUAUGUUCUCUUCAGAUUACAUUGCUUGAUACAUAUGGAUGUUCUUUAAUUAAUUUUCUGAAUCGUCAGACGAUAAUUUUGCUCAAAUUUGUUCACCCACUUUUAUUAAAAAUCUCUUCAUUUGUGUUUUAAAGAUGAACAAAGGUCUUAUAGAGUAAGAAAUAACAUGAGAAAUGAUUCGUUUUGGGGUGAACUAACCCUGAAAUCUACAUCUUUAACAUGAGGAAAUGAACAAAUACCUGAUACGAGAGAAACAUUUAUCUUUGUCUGAAACUUAAAGUAGAGGAAAUGAGAAUCUUGUUUAGCUGAGGGCUCUCUGUGCACGCUCGUGAAACCCGUUUUUAUUUUGCACUGUUUACAUAGUCAAAAAUCUAUGCAGUUUUAUUUUAUACAGAUGCUAUUCAUUCUUUUGUAGUAGGAUUAAGGUUCUGGUAAUCAAUUGUUGUGGUACUUUUGGUUUUCUAUGGACAGCCGACUUUUAUAUGUGUCUGUAAACUAUUGUGAUAAAGUUGACAUUAUAGUAUUAUGGUGUAUUAUAUUUAGUUGAUUGUAUUAAUAAGAAUGGUAUUAAAGCUGUUAAAGCUGAGCUUCUUAAUAACUGUAUAGGAACUGCAACCAAAUAUCUGCCAAACCUAAAAUUAAAGAAUGUUUUGUUUGUA